GUGGGUAUGUUGGAUGUGAAGCAUUUUCAAAACAAGGGAAACGAUGUUCACGAGAUCGGAGAUGCAGAUGCUAAUUUGUCUUUGAGUUUUGACCGAGUUCGUGUCACUGAGUUGGUCUCUGCCGAAUUACUCACUUCACAAGAAGUUAGAUUUUGAAAACCCUCUUUUUCGGUUUUUUAUCUUGGGAUUUUGCUGUGUGUCUGUUGGUGGAUGACAUAGAUUGUUAUAGAGCUGAUGGGGUUCUUUAAUUCUUUCUGUUAGCUUGCUCAAUCAUGUGAAUUCUUUUGAUUUCGCUUUCUCGGAUCAAGGUCCCUUUUAAGGAAAUUUUCUUGAAACAUUUGGAUCACGGUUUAGCGUGAUUGUUGAACUUGGGUGAAGAUAGCUGAAUUUUGUUGAUUUCGUUUAGGUUAUUUACUUCCAUGUUUUACUUGUUAAAUUUUGGAAUGAAUGUUUAGGUUAACGGCUUAUUUAUGAUUAUUCCAAUUGUGUCUUAGCAAUAAUAAGGGGAUCUACCUGUUCAUUUGAAGUUGAAUUUAUUGUUUGAGAUGGAUGUGUCUGGCAUGGAUUUUGCUGUAGUGGGGGCUGGAAGAUUAACAUUGUUGCUCGCUAACAUCUGCUAAUCAAAUUCUACAUGAAUAUGAUGCUAAGUCUGCAGACAGGAUCUCAGAUGCUGCUCUUGAAUCUGCGGUUCUGCAGUUUAUACCUUCCCUCCGUUCAGGUAGUUUUGCUGACAUUGGACCAAGGAGAUACAUGGAAGAUGAACAUAUAAGGAUAGAUGAUUUGUCAUCUCAUAUGGGAUCACCAUACAACUUUCCCAAGCCAAGUGCUUUUUAUGGGGUGUUUGAUGGCCAUGGAGGACCUGAAGCUGCAGCUUAUAUAAGAAAAAACGUCAUAAAGUUCUUCUUCGAAGAUGUCAGUUUCCCACAGACUUCUGAAGUCAAUAGUGUAUUUCUGGAAGAGGUAGAGGAUUCCCUCAGAAAGGCGUUUCUUUUGGCUGAUUCAGCUUUGGCCGAUGAUUGCAGUGUGAAUAGUUCAUCAGGCACCACGGCCCUUACUGCUUUGAUAUUUGGAAGACUUCUAAUGGUGGCCAAUGCUGGCGACUGCCGAGCAGUUCUCUGUCGCAAAGGAGAGGCCAUUGACAUGUCUCAAGAUCACAGACCUAUUUAUCCAUCAGAGCGGAGGCGUGUUGAAGAAUUGGGUGGCUACAUAGAUGAUGGUUAUCUCAAUGGGGUUUUAUCAGUUACCCGAGCACUAGGGGACUGGGACAUGAAGUUACCUAAGGGUGGUCCCUCACCUUUGAUUGCAGAACCGGAGUUCCGGCAAGUUGUUCUAACAGAGGAUGAUGAAUUUCUCAUCAUAGGAUGCGAUGGCAUAUGGGAUGUCAUGUCAAGUCAGCAUGCAGUUAGCCUUGUUCGCAGAGGCCUAAGGAGGCACGAUGAUCCUGAAAAAUGUGCCAGGGACCUGGUUAUGGAGGCACUACGCCUGAACACAUUUGAUAAUCUCACUGUGAUCAUUGUAUGUUUUUCUUCCCUCGACCACAUGGAGCCAGAGCCAUCCCCUCCUCGUCAACGGAAAUUGAGAUGUUGUAGCCUCUCUGCAGAGGCUCUUUGUAGCUUGAGGAGCUUGUUGGAAGGCAGUGCUAGCAACUGAAUGUGUGUACAUACACGGUUCAUCAAAUAAUGUUGAAUUCUUACAUGCUGUUUUUGGCUGCUUCAGUUUAGUCAUUGGAAAAAGCAGCCAUCAUUUUUUUUAACGUGGUCUGGUGGAUGUACAUAACUUGGGCUAGAGGAUGGUGGUGUAAAUAUGUACUGUCGUUACAUUAUUAUUUUUGUACUAUACCAAAUUUUUGUUGACUGCAUUAUUCAUGUCGUAUUCUUGUGUGUCAAUAAAACUGUUCGUAAUGUCUUAGUUUCUAUUCCA